AUGGCUGGGAAUCAGGCGCUCAACGUUAACAGCGCCGUGGCGACUCACGGCGCCCUCGCCAUUUCUGUCCGCGGCUCAGAUUGGUACUUCACCGUGUGCGCCGUCAUGGGUGCCUCCACCCUCGCCUUCAUGGGCCUUGCCUUCACUAAGCCGCAAACCCAUCGCCUGUUCCACUACAUCACCGCCGGAAUCACUGCUGUCGCCUGUAUUGCGUACUGGUCCAUGGCCUCCGACCUUGGCCAGGCCCCCAUCCAGGCCGAGUUCGUGAGGCCAGGCCGCGCUGCGGUUGCCGCCGCAGGGACCCGAGAGAUGUUCUACGUCCGGUACAUCGACUGGUUCGUGACGACACCGCUGCUCCUUACAGACCUACUCCUGACCGCCGGACUCCCCUGGCCCACCAUCUUGGUCACAGUUCUGGCGGACGAGAUCAUGAUCGUCUGUGGACUGGUCGGCGCCCUGACCCAGACGACCUACAAGUGGGGGUACUUCGCCUUCGGCACGGCCGCCCUCUUCUUUGUCGCCUACGAGCUUGCCAUCGACGGCCGUCGCCACGCAAAUGCCCACGGAGGCUCCGUCAAGAGCACCUUCAUGCAGUGUGGCGUGCUGACCCUCUUCCUGUGGUUCUUGUACCCGAUCGCCUGGGGCCUGUCCGAGGGCGGAAACGUCAUCCACCCCGACUCCGAGGCAAUUUUUUACGGCAUCCUCGACAUCUUCGCGAAGCCCGUCUUCGGCUUCUUGCUCAUCUUCGGCCACAACAAGAUCGACCCCGCCCAGCUUGGUCUCACCAUGCACGAGCCCGGCCAGCGCAGGAGCGAGAAGGGUCUUGUGCACCCUGAAGGGCCCGCUACCACGGGCAACAACGGAACCACUGCUAAUGUGUAA